GACCGUGUAGUACGACUACGCACCUGCACAGGUGUGUGUGCGCGCGCGCGUUGUGUGCCGCCGCCGUUGCCCGUCUGUUGGCGCCGCGGCUCCGCUGUUGCUGUCGUGUGUGUGCGCGCCUUCGAUACGAAAGAAGUUGUGCCACGCCGGCGAAAGGAACAACGCCCCCCUCCCUCCUUCUUCGAGGUGUCGUCAUGUAAUUUUUUUUUUUUCUGUUUGGGGGGAAGUGCCGUCGAUUCAUUAUUCUCGUCGAAGAAAGCGAUGUUCGGCGAGUGAGUUCGCCGAAAUCUUUUUCGCCAACCCCAACCACCCCUCUCCCUGGAAUUGUGUGUUGCGAUUCAUCGUUUCGCGCGCGCUUGUUUCCCAGAAAAAACAACGCGAAUGAAAGCUUGCCCUGUGACCUAAACCUGCCAGCGCCGGUCGUCGAAUGCUCUGCAGAAACAGCGCAACAACUUUGGUGCCCUGAUUGCUGCAUCGUCACACAUCACGUCAUUUUUUUUUCUUUAUUUGUUUACAUUUUAACCCCUAGGAGGAGCACGGACAAAAGAAGAGAACAUACCGCGAAAACGUGCUCGCUGUUUACACUCAUCGGAACGGAGACUCAUCGGCUCAGAAGAUGCCGUGAGUGUCGGUGGCGUGCGACCGUUUCUUGAGUGACCCCUAGAUACGUGGUGUCGUAUCACUAAGAUUUUCUUCUUUUAAUUUUAUACCGUUUGUCCUCGAAGAAUCUUCUAUCGGCCCAAACGGAGUGACGCUUCCUUCUAAUCACCAUCAUUAUUCACAUUUUCUAUCUCUUCACAUCGUGUUCGACUUGUGUGAAAUCUGAGGAAUCGGCGAAACGCACCUGUGUCUGUGGCCUUCUUGUUAGAAUGGUGUGAAAACACUUUGCCCGUGUCUGUCGUACUGAUCCUGCGUCGUCGACCUACUCUCUGUGUCAGCCGGGAACGGAAAAUAGGAUACCGUGUCGUCCCCCAACGUCGAAGUGACAGCCGAGAGACAAGAACGCCACGGAAUUCCACGCACAAGCAGGAAGACUGAGGAAUCUCUCAAGUCGAAGGAAAGAAAGCGAGGAAGAGGGUCCUUCCGAGCCGACAGUGGCCAAGUGCCGUUGCGGGCUACCCUCUCUGCUGAUGUUGCCGGUUCCCUGAACGACCGGAGCAGCCCACCACGAGCCUGUUCGGCGGGACGACGACAUUCGAACUUCGAACCUUCUGCCAUCCACUAGGGCCGACGAAGGAACGUCGGCUCGUGUCCGUCAGCCCCGCACUCGAGGUACCGGCGUCGAAACGACCUGUCUGUGCACACGAUGCGGGAGAGCUGAGACUCGUGCUGUUGCUUCUACUGCUGUCAUCUUGCGAGAGGUGUGAGGACAGUGCGCGCAUGUCCUAAGUGUUUUGUGUUCCGAGGAGUUUUGAAAAGAGUGAGAGAGCCAUGAGGUUGUGCACCGAGCCCGGAACUGUGGUUCUCCUUCUGCUGGCCUGCUGUACAGUGUUCAACGUGGCGCCGCCGUCCUUCGUAUGGGGCUCCCGCGUCGAACUGAAAGAGAACGGCUACACCGGCAUCGUGGUGGCCCUGUCGGCCAGGCUUCAGGGGAACGUCGCCGGCCGCCAGCUCAUCCCGCCGCUUGAGGCGCUUCUGCGGAACGCGUCCAUCAGCCUGUUCCAGUCGACGCGGAACCGGGCCUUCCUGGAAGAAGUGAUCGUGCUGGUGCCCAAGUCUUGGGGUCCCAAGGAGACGUGGGCGCGAGCCCCGACGCCCGCUGUGACCCGCGCCGGCUGGCAGCUGCACCGGGACGCCGACCUGCGGCUUGAGCCCCAGGGAGGGCCGUUCGGCGACAACCCGUUCACCGUGCAGCACGCCGGCUGUGGACAGGCCGCGAAGAGACUCGCCAUCAGCGCGGGCUUCCUAGCGCUGCUCGAGGAAGGAGGCCCCGCGGCCAGCAAGUACGGUCCGCCUGACCGGGUGUUCGUACGGGAAUGGGCGCACUACCGGUACGGCGUGUUCACCGAGACCGGCUACCCGGGUGACCCUCUGUACCCCGCCUACCGCGCGCGGUCCGGCGGCAACGACCCGGCCGACGUGGCCCUCACCAGCUGCACCAACCAACCGCUCGAGCUGGACUGGAGGACGACGUCGGGUCAGAGCUGCGUUCCACGCGUCGACCCGAUGACGGGACGCCCUCGUGAUGACGACUGCCACGCGCUGCCCAACCGGACCCAGGAGAACGUCUUCUCAUCCAUCAUGGCACUGCAGACUUUGCCAAACGUGAACCAGUUUUGUGACGAGGACGAACACCUUCACAACGACCGAGCGCCGACCAAGCAGAACGCGCUGUGCGACUACCGCAGCACCUGGGACGUCAUCGCCAACCACAGGGACUUCUACCGAAGGAACCAAGCUGGAGAGCGCCUCCUGGGCAGGACGCGCUUCCACUACGUCCAGGAGGCACCACUUCGAGUCGUCAUGGUUGUGCAAGUCACUGCCUCCAGCGGAAUCAGAGACCGGCGGGCCUUCGUUAUCCGCGCGCUGGACAAGUUCGCGCGCGUGGACGCGCCCGACGACAGCCGACUGGGCCUGGUGGCCUUCGGCCAGGUCGAGCCGUCCGUACGGUUUCCGCUGACCACCAUGAACAGCUCAAACACCCGCGCCAAGCUGGUACAGAGGCUGCCGGCUCCCAACUCGAAGUUCAACUCGUCGCUCGAGGACGGACUCUCCAGGGCGCUCCAGAUGCUGAGCGAAGACCGCGAGCUGCCUUACCCUAGCUCCAAUGGCUCCGCCGCCGCCGGCGGUGUGAUCCUGUUGCUAAGCAACGGAGACAUGGAGGCUGAUGUGGCGGAACGCUUCCAGGAGUCGCUGAGGUCGUCCCAGGUUCGCCUGCAGAGCCUGGUGUACCCCAGCUCGGCGACUCCGAGCGCUCACCUGGACUCCCUGGUGGAGCACACUGGUGGCCGCACUUGGCACGUCCACGAGUCCACCGUGGGCGACGAGCAGCGAGGCAGCGUCGCCACUCAGGCCGAGCUAUACGAGGCAUUCUACUCGCUGCUACUGCGCGGAUACUCCUGGGACGAGACUGACAACUACGUCAUGAUCGAGAAGCGCGAGUUCGGUGAGGCCGAACAGGCAGCAGGUCCGCUGCUGCUCAACUUCGACAUCGACCACAGCCUGGCCCGCCAGCUGCUCGUCGUGGUGGUCGGCUACGACUUCGGCAAGACCUCGCUGCCUUCCAUCCCCCAGGAGGGACUGGAGCUCAUCGCGCCGCCCGGCUCGCCGCAGGCCAGCUACCGCUACAACGACUACGCCUUCAACUUCGACUACGAGUUCUGGAGCUACACCUUCAGGAUCAACGAUCCGCCCGUUGGCAUGUGGGAGCUCCGGGCCGAGCCGACCACGAAGACGGACCAACCGGUCAUAGGCCUGGUGUACGCCAGGCCAGCUGCCAAGGAGACGCCCAUCUUGCUCGACGUCUGGAUCAGCGGACACUCGUCAGCGGUAAACGGUUCCGACAGAUUCAUAAUCUACGCCGAGCUCAAGAAGGGGUCUCACCCGGUGGCCAAGGCCAUGGUGACAGCCCUGAUUCGACACCCAGACACGGACAGCAUCACUAGGCUGCAUCUAAUCGAUAACGGAGCUGGUGAUCCGGACAUCACGCAGAAUGACGGCGUGUACAGCCGCUACUUCACCGACUUCACGAGUACCGGCCGCUACGACCUGACCGUGGUAGCCAACGACAACGACGUUUCGGCUGUCGUCGUCGGUGCCUCCAGCGCCGAGUUCGAGAGCAGGUUUCCCGAAGGUGCAGAGUACCCAUCGUGCUGCGGCAGCCGCGUGUCGGACAGCUACUCGCAGAAGACGAGCCGAUUCACGCGCAUCAACCACUACGGCUCGUUCUUCGUGACGGCUGCCCAAGCCGAGCGGGACGUGCUGCCGCCCAGCCGAAUCACCGAUCUCCGCGUGGUGUCCACCGACAACCGCAGGAUGGCCGUGACGUUCAACUGGACAGCGCCGGGCGAUGACUUCGACGAAGGACAAGCGAGUCGCUACGAGCUGAAGAGCUUCAAGGACAGGCUGAACGCUCAGCGCCGCUUCGCGAGUCACGGCCAGCUCGUUGGUCAGUGGGACGUCGACGGACCCUACUACGAGCCUCCAAAGCCGUUCGGCGCCACGCAGACGGCCACCGUGCGACUCAAGAACGGACAGCAGCCGACGUCCUCGGCUCCUCUCUACUUCGCCAUCCGGGCCAUCGACGACCAAGGGAACGCGGGUCCCGUCUCGAACGUCGUCGAAGUGGUCAUCAUCCCGCCUCCGACCACGACUUCGACGUCGACGCAGCCUUCGUCCUCGUGGGGCAGCGGCUCGGGCACCGCGGGAGGCGCUGGCGCUCACGGCCAACCCAGCGGUUCUCGCAGCACCCGGGACAAACUCAACGCCGCCCAGCUGGCCCUCAUCAUUGCCGUUCCCCUGGCGGUGCUCCUAGUCGGCAUCAUCGUAAUCAUCCUGCUAAUGGCGCGACGCCGCAAGGCGCCGCCGCCCAAGAAGUCCACCGACAAUGGCACCGCGUCCCAACCUCCUCCGCUGCCUGCAAAGAUCGCGCGGGAUGACCUCACGACGACCGUGCCGGCUCCACAGACGACGACGCCCAUCAUGGACGACGACGUGAAGCAGCAGACGACGCCCACGUCGGGUCGCCUGGACGCGGCGGCCAUCAGCCCCGUCAACUCUUGGCCCGCCAGCGUACUCCUGGACCACUACAACAAAGUCCAGCAGGCCAAGCAGAGGCACGAGCCGCCGCCAAUCAUGAUGGUCGAGGAUGGCGUCUCGCUCAACUCGUCCACGCCGUCGCUGUACUCUAAGAGCGACUACGGCGGCGUGCCGCAACCGGCGAGACUGGCCAAACAUCGUCCGGGACAGGACGGGGUCGUUCCUCCGCUGCCGCCGCAAGUGCCCAGCUACAACGCGGUCUACACUUCGUCGCAGCACUCUCUUGACAAGACCGGAGGCGUGACGCGCAACAUUACGCAGGUCUAGCGUGCCCCCAAGCGUCCGCUCACGCACUAUUACCCUUUUACUUCGUCACGUCAAAAUAUGGCUGCCAAGAAUCUCUAAAGUGAGCUAUUAGAUGCGCUUAACGUCGAAAGAAGACACAAGAAGGGCGUGGCAGAGCAAGCAGACUCUUCUUCGUGACAGAGCGAACAGACUAUUCUUUAUGACAGAGCAGACAGACUCUUCUUCAUGACAGAGCAAACAGACUCUUCUUCUACGACAGAGCAAACAGACUCUCCUUCAGGACAGAGCAAACAUACUCUCCUUCAGGACAGAGCAAACAGACUCUUCUUUAUGACUGAGCAAACAGACUCUCUUCAUAACAAAGCAACAGACUCUCCUUCGGCAAGCACCGCUAUACCCGGACGGUGUACGAUUUCGCCCCGUGGGGAUGGUGAAUCUCAAAUGGCUAUCACGAACGAGAAACAGUGUUUGCACGUUUCGUGGGUUGCCGUCUCGGUACAUUUCGCAAGGCUUCUAUGUAGCUCUCACGUCGUGCAGCUAGCUAUUCCGUGCAUACAGCGAGCACCAAUCGUGACUAGAACGCGAGCGAACCGCCACAAGCCCGCCCCAGCUUGAGUACGUUCUGCGUUCUCAAAUCUGCAUCCCAGAACAGCCCAGAGAAAAGACUUUCUUCUCCCGAAAUGUGUGUGCAGUUCGUCGCGAAGAAUGGAAGAAGUGACGUGCGAAUGCGGGAUUUCGAGAGCUGUUAUUUCUUUUGUUUUUAAAUCUAAUAACGGAUAGCAGUUCGAAGAUAUGGCAGUCUGCACGUCUACCACGCCUCUUCUUCUGAUCCCGACAACGUCAACAAGAAAAAUCCUGCGCUCUCGCAAAACCGCCGAGAGUGUUAAGCAUACUGCUUAGACGGACGGCCAGUGUGAUAGCAAUUUUUUGUUUAUCUCGCCGUACUACUGCUUGUUCGUUUUGGUUUUUACCGAAGUGUCUCUAAUGUGUGCGUGUGUCGUGCGUGCGUUUGAUUUGUGCUCGGACCCAACAACCGAUGGGACAAGAUCAAAGAAAAACAAAACAAGAACGAACCGCCAUGAACGGUACGUGAGCUUGCGUGCGCGCUCGUGUGUGUGUGCCGGCGCAUCAAGUGGAGCGGUGGGAAUACAGUCCUAUUCCCGUGACACGGGGAGCGACCAACGAUUUGGCCCCUGCACCACAACGUUGUUUCUUUUUAUUUUUGGGCCAGAUUGGGACUCCUGAGAACGAACCAAUCAGCGAUCUGCUUAUGCGAACACCGGGUGUCAUUGUUUCUUUUUAGGAAUUCGCUAGUCACACGUAGCCUUUGCUAAAUGCGGCUAGUCAAAUUAGAGCAUACAGUACGAGAGACACUGAGAGGCAGUUCUAUCUAGAGUCGCUUAUAAACCCUCUCCUACCUUCCCAACGUAAGCGGGUGCCCGGACUUUCUGGCCCUCCUGUAAACUGUAUACGUAGACCACAGACACACAUGCCUACGUUCCGUGGCGUUCGCACUGAUUUUUUUCUCUCCCCCUUUGUACGAUAUAGACUAACUCCGUUGGUCCGCAGAUCCCGUACGCACUUCUCAAUACCAUUUCCCGCACGCUUCGAUACACCGAAUGAAUUUGCUCUAGUCAGCAGCAACAGUAGCCAAGUUUGACAAUGGCUUUGCACUGUCUCUUCUUUGUGGUCACAGCUGGCAUUAACCGUUGUAGCGCAGUUCGUCCUCGCACCUCAUUAUGUUCAUUUUUUGUUUACUUGCUUUUAGUGAUCUUCGCUGCACGAUACUUCUCACAAUAGCUUUCUUUCUUUUUCUUUUUGUUAUCUCACAUCACCAAACGUCGAGAAGAAGCGGUCGCACGCUGUGCCGUCCCAUUUUUUAAACAAACAAAAAAAAAACACCUCUUCGACAAAAUGACGCUGGCGUAGAAGUGUAAAGCGUGUUACGGUGUGCCGUAUAAUAUUACCAGUCUGUAUAGGAAGUCUGUGAGAAAUGUUCUUUUGCCUGGGGCACCGCUGUAAUAAUUUGUAUACCACCACGCCGCAGUGUGUUCUUUGCUUGAUACACACACAGCCUUUCUCGAGUCAUUUCUGUUGUUUGUUUGUUUUCUUUCAUUAAGGAGCACAGAGAGAAGCGAGAGAAAGCGAAUCACCUUCUAUAACCACAGAAGACGACCCCAGCCCCGCACACCAGUGUGCGUUCUCGUUCCCGGAGUUGUUUGUACAUUUGUAUGUAAGCAAUGGUGUCGAGUUAGUUUCGCAGAAUCUCAGAUUCGUUCAGUCAUCAUAUCUCAUUUGUUUAUCUCUCUCUUUCUUUCCCUCUCUCUUUUUCGACAUCAAGAUAAGACAAGCACAACGAGACGAAAUCCUCACCGUCUCGCCACAGUUUCUUCAAAUAUCGAUUGCACAUUUCUUUGUCUCUAUGACUCGCAGUUUCAUCCGAAACGACAAAAAAAAAAACUAAAUGUGUUGUUCAUUUAUUGCUGUCGUUCUGACGUUUCUACGAGCGAUACUCCGCAAGUCUUUCGGCCUUUUUCACUCUCACACACAGCAUAUGACGGCACCGUUAAGUUCGGGCAAAUGAAAGAGGUCACGUGUCCUCUUUCGCGAGUCGGGAACGAAAUUUCCCAAGAGCCUCCUACCAAAGAGCAAUCAAGCGAGCGCAUCGCCGAGAGGGCAUAUACACACACGGCAUAACCCCUUUCUGCCUGCAGGAACAACAUACAUACUUGUGCGCCUGUCUCAUCUUUUUAUUCUCUUUCGUUUUGUACAAAGUGUUGAUGGAAAAGCGCGAGAUGUUUUAUGAAGACGCCCGUGGGUCUGGUGUGCAAUAUUUCGUCUCUGCAUUGUUUCGGUUUUCUUUUUUAUCACAAGUUUUUUUUUUUUUUUUUUUUUUUUCAAACGUGGUUGCCUUGGAGAACAACAUGACCCUGAUGUUACCUCGGGUCGCCUUGCCUGAUUACCGCGACGCCGGCGAACAUCGCGGCCUUGUUUUGUUUUUCUUUUUCUUAUUGAAAAUGACUCGCUUUUAGUGAGCAUGGUAUUUUUUUCUUUUAAAAACAUGUGUGUUUGUUUCUUCUGUGUGUGUGUAUACAUGCGUGUGAGUGUGUGCAAUACACGAGCCUUCUCAGGACCUUAAUCUCUGUGACGUCAUACUACAAAGCGUAUGAAAAAGUAACGACGCGCGAGAGAGAAUCAUCCGCCGUAAAACCUUUGUGCUUGCAUAACCCAUACCAAAGAUGCAGCCCCUGCGAACGAAGUUCGGCGAAGGAGUUUCAAUUCGCAAGUCAUUCCAGUCUUUUUUUUUUUUUUUUUGAGCGUUCUUGUCCUUGUUCAGCGUGACGCUAAUCCGGGGCGUUGUAGCAAGUGGUUGUUUAUUUGAGGAAAUAUAAUCAAAUUAGCCUGUAAAUAAUAAAGUAACUUGUAAAAGCGUAAUAACGAGCAUGGAAGGUACUAAAAAAUUGAAGGCCAUCUAAAUCCUCGACUCAGGCGGCGUUAUUGUGCCCUGGUAUAUUCCUUGGGUUAACGUUUGUGCUUCGCGCGCUGCCGAAGCGGGUCUCGGAGGCCACAAAGAAAGGCGCGCGUAGUCGAGAUCUGCUCCGCCAGGUGUCGCAGCGAUCCCUGCUGCUCGCAAUUUUUCGAUGAACAAAAUCUAAUAAUUUUUAUUAAUUAACCUGACAGUUAAUUGGUCCUGUGUAUCGAAUAUAAUUCUUAACUAUGGAUUUAUAUUUUUAGAAGACUUUUUAUGUAUAUUCAUAAAACCGGAAGUAACUACUCGACCGGAAGUGCGUGGAAGAGAAACGAGAGUCAUGUGGUGCUCGUGCCACCGAAAAAAUUAAUAAAAAGACUGUCACUACCGUUUCAGUGUGAGCUCUUUCACUGAACUUCGUUCACAGAGAUUGUAACUGCUAAUGCUAUCGCAUUAACAGAAGUGACGUCUACGUCGCGAGCUGCAUUGAUUGUUUUACAUAAUGUCGUCGUGCGUGCAUUCACAUUCUGAAUCGGUGUUGAACUGUUCCCCAUGCUUACACUACGUGUAGUUCGUGGGUUGGAUUACGCAGAAAGGAGGAAAGAAAAGAAGAAAAAAAAAGCGAGACGAAAGUUGACACUCCGUAAAAUGAUCAGCCAGUGCGUCAAGCAGACUGGUGUAGAAACGAAGAAAGCAAGAUAACCGCUGCUUCGCAGCGUUUAUAGUUAGACAGAGAAACACAGAGCUCGAGUGUCGAAGGAAGGUUAAAGAGAAAAAAAAGGCACGCCUUGUACAUAAGAGCGAACUUGCAUGUCCCAAAUGUGUGUGUGUGCGUGUGUGUGAAAAAAAAGAAAGAACCACUGCCUGCCGCGAGGAGAAAAAAAAUCACGGCUGCGCGGUGACUCGUUUUACGUACUUCACGCAUACGACAUCACGCGUGCACUGCUGUAAACACACUUUUACAGAAAAAUAAAAAGAUAUGUUUAUUUAUGAUGAAUA